AUGUCGUUCAUCGGGGCGACACCCAGCAAGAGCACUGGCAAGCAGGGUCAGAGGGCCGGCACAGGCAAGAUGCCCUCUGUGCCAUCGCGCAGUCUUUUGGAGAUGCGCGACAAGACCACCUGGAACACGCAGGACGACAUUGGCGUGUGGGACGGCACCGCGUACUUCAAGAAGAACAAGAAAGCCUCCUUGAAGUUCUCGUUCGACGAGGUGCACAAGCUCCCGCGCCUGGAGACUGAUCCCGGGUUUGGUGACAUUGUCGUUGUUUUGUACUCCACGUCCUCGUACCUUCGCGACGACAAGAUCAACCUCAGUCUGAACCUGUACGGUGUUGUGCUGGUUGCCCGCGCGUAA